AUGCAAAUCUUCGCCACAGUCGCUACCUUUGCUCUCGCUGCUUGCGGCGUAGCAGCCUCACCAACCCCAAGCUGGGGCAACUGGGGCAACUCUGGUAACCCAAACUGCGUUUCCCGAAGCUACAUUGAGGGCCUCAUCGCACAGGAAAUUGUUUUCCUUCAGCAUAAGAAUGUUACCGCUGCUGUAGCUGCUGGUAACGCAAUCUUCGACGCCAACAUCGCUGAGUAUGGCGACUCAAUCAACUCACUCCGAGGGGCUCCUCUCGGCACACAAGUCGAAUUCAACGCAACCUCGUACAUCGCCGAGACUACAUCCACCCCACCAAUUCCACAAAUCGACACUCUCAGCUUGACCGUUGACUGCAACCAAUACGUCUGGCAAUGGCGCUUCUACGGCAUCGGUCCGGGACCAAACCCAUACAUCCAGGGCAUCACUCUCGGCAAGAUCAACGCUGCUGGCAAGAUUUACUACCAGUAUGUCGAAUUCAACAGCUUGGCUUGGGCUGAGAACAGUGGCUACAAGGUCACUCCACCAACAAGUGGUCCAUAUGCUGCUCCUAGCGCAUAA